AUGCCACAUCCUUUGAACAAGACAACUUGGUUAGACAGUAGCGUAGAAGCAUCAUGGAAGCACCAGGAAUGUCAUUUGUCUUCUAAGCAACUUCCAACCCCACUUUUAUCUAAUUUAUCAUCCUUAUUCGUCAAUACUGUUGCUUAUUUGAAUCUGACAAAACAAGAAGCGUUGAAUACCAUUGGCUACUUUUUACAUGAACAAGACGAUUUAGUACAUGCGCAAUUGCUCGACUGCUUUAUCAAUAACCAACUAUUAAACCCUAUCAAAGACUCCAUUCAUCUCGGCAUAAACCAACAAUACAAGUUUAAUCUAUCAGGCGUUUUUAUACCACUGACUAAAUGCUAUUCUCCAUCUUGCCAAUCAAGCCAUAUUACAUGUUACUCGCCCUUGUGUCCAAACAAGCGUGUAUCGAGUCCAUUGCGGAUGACAAACCAACACAGCUUCAAAGAGACAUUGAAUGAAGAAAAAGUAUUUUGUAAUGGUUAUACAAACGCACAACAGAAAAUUCCCAAAGACUGGAUUGAAAGUAUUCCUCACCAUAUCAGAGACUCAACCAACCGAAAAGAACUCAAACGACAAGCUGGAAUUGCAGAACUCUUGUUGACAGAACAAAACUACUGUCAUGAUCUUGAUAUUCUAGAUCAAGUCUAUGCUAUUCCUUUACUCGAAUCAACCGAGAUUAUCAGCCAUCCUUCCCGUCGACAAAGGUUUCACAAUAAUGUAUUUGGUAACUAUCUUGACAUUGCACACUUACAUCAUGCAUUCUAUGACAAAUUAACUUGUCAUAAUCGGCAAUCCAGUUUCUUUGUUGGACGUAUUGGUAGCUUGAUUAUGCAGCAUGCAACAAGUUUGGUUGAGCCUUAUAUUCAGUAUGUUUCCAACCACAUUAAAGCAAUUCACUGCAUGACAAUUGAACACAAACAUAAUGCACAUUUCGCUCGCUUUCUAGAAGCGCAAAACGCAAAAAAAUGCACUCGAAGGCUAGGACUUGUGCAUUACCUUACCUCUCCCACAUUCUGGAUAGGCAAAUUUAAACUCAUUGUAGAAGCAAUUCUCAAAAACACCAUAGAUGAUGCAGACCAACUCUCACUCAAAGCAUCCUUGGCUAUUCUCCAUGACACGCUGUGCCGUAUGAACUGCUCGACAUUCAAUGUGUCUCCUCAAGAUCUCCGUUUUGAAGAACUGCUGAUCUCAAUCUAUGUACAGAGCCAUCAACACUCAAAUGAACUGCAACUAUUAGCUUUACCCAAGCAUAGCAAAUUGAUACGUGAAGAAGUGCUGUGGCUGGCUCGUUCUAGUCAUCCUCUUUUACCUAUGCUUUGCCAUAUGUUCUUAUUUUCGCAUGCUUUGGUACUGACGCAUCCUCGGGUGAUGAAUGAAAUAACAGAAUACAUUGUCAUUCAGUGCAUUCCUAUUCGUUUUUUAGCCAUUGAUUCAAACACGACUACUUCCAUGAUACGGCGUCUCUCAUUUGCCUCUACCUCUAUGGUAUCUACUCCACUCUACUUGAUCAAUACACUAAGGCAACAAAAGAGUAUCAAUUCAGAGGGCUCUGCUCAAGAAGGACGAGAGACCAUCAACCGCCGAAGCUACAGUUGGUAUCCACCAAACCGCAAUGAUAAAUUACUCGCCAAAAUCAAGCACAAGCCAGACCCGGCCAUGCGAAAAACCCAGAUCUUUCAAGUCAAGACCAAGUUUCUCAAGUUGAAAAACAGAUGGAGUACAGGCGCUCUCUCUGUUCCUAGUUCGCCUACUCAUGUUGAGGUACCGGUGCUAAGAAGAGAUUCUGCACCUGCGCUGUUAUUCCGAAGUGGGUCUAAAAAGACAAAGCCAGAAGGAACGUCCAGUCAACAACAGAGAAGAACACUCAAGAUUUGCCAUCUGGCAUAUCCAGACAACACGUUCAAGCUAGAAUUCAAUGCCAGAUCGGACCGAUUGGUUUGGGAGACUAUGAUUCGAGAUAUCAUCGUGAAUUUGGACAAGCAACACAAAGCAUUCAAUAAGAAAAUGAUUUGUAAGUCGUUGCCUGUUCAGAAUGAUACAAGCAAUGGCAAUGCAAUUGAAAGAACAAAAUGUGCUUGUGCAUUUGUUUAUGAUCAGCAUGAAUAUUUGGUGGCAAUAGGAACACAGACUGGUAUCUGGAUAGGCUCACGCAAUGGUUCAAGCGCGUUUGAGUUAGUGCUACCGAACCGUGAUGUACGACAAUUGGCCGUGAUAGAUGACAAGCUGAUUGCCUUAAUACAAGACAACAAAGACCAAUUCUUAAUAGCCUACAGUCUACAUUCAUUAAGACAGUGUUUCCUGCAUCAACAACAAGAUAUAGACAGCUAUGUCAUUAAGCAAUCCAAUAUCAUUAGUUUUUCAGUAGGCAAGAUCAGAAAUCAACCGGUGAUCAUGUACCUUACACGACGACUAAAAUCAACCUGGCUUGUGGUUGUUGUUCCUACUGUUGAAGACGCAGCAUCAAAAAGCUGGUACAAGAAGUUUGGAUCAGAAUAUAAAGUGACAGUAAAGAAUCCUACCGAGUUGCAUAUCAUAGCUGAUGCUGUCUUUGUUCGAUCAGAACAAUAUGGUAUAGAGAGAAUUGAUGUUCUAUGUGAGCCUUCUCUGUUUUUGCAUUCGGCCGCCAAUUGGGUCUACAUUGGUGCAAAUAUAGCACUUAUUCCACUCUCCCAACACUAUCAUCAUUAUGGUAUUGUGUGUGAUGGACAAUGUGUAUAUACAGUAGCUUUAUUCCAAAAGCUAUCGACUAAACAACUGACGCCUAAAAUCAAGUUUGAGUCUCAAGUAAACUAUGUUGCUUUCAUCAACCAUUACUUGAUUGGGUUCUCUUCUACAGUGAUUGAAAUCAGAAGUAUUGAUAAAUAUGAAUUAAUUCAAGUAAUCAAGGGAAAUCGCAUCAAGUUUAUCUCUUCUACAAAUGAUCCUAGACAAGCACUUUUUUUUAGCAUGACAAACUCAAAAAACCCACACAUGACAUCCAUCUAUCAACUUCAAAUAUCCAUUUGA